CCCGACGAGCUCCCCAGCCACCGCCACCCAUUUUCGGCCAGGAACACCGGUGAAACUGGGGGAUUUCUCCUCCUUUUCUUGUUCUAGAACACCUAUUAAACCCAAGAAACUCCCAGAUCUGCUCUGCUCUUCUUCCCUUGUCCGCGAGCUGUUUCCAUUGGGUGCAAUUUCUGGGCUUUUUCGAGUAAGCCAUAGCCAUGAAAUUCAUCCUCUCUCUCUUAAUUUGGCUUGGGUUACUCUAAUUUUGUUGUUGGUUCUUGAAUUUCUGGAGUUUUGCCGUGAAUUCCCUCCAAAAUCCCGUCAGCUUCCAUGUUCGCCGGACCCAGCUUUUGCUUGCCGGAAAAUUCUAGUUUUGAUCAUUUUGUCAUUUUGUCACCAUAGCACUUGGGUUAAGCCUUCUGUUCUGAGCGAGUGAGGAAGUGAAACCGAGAACGGGAAAACCAAGGGGAGUGACGAGGUAGAAGGCUAGCCAUUCUAAUUGGAUAUAAGUUUUAGAUUUUAUUUUUGAGAUUUUGUGAUUUGAAUAAGUUUCGAGCUUUGUGCAUUUGUGGGACUCGUCUCACGAGUGCACGGUGUCUGCCAUGUCCUCGGAUUUGGGUUAUGAGGCGUGACAUCCAUUUAUACAAUGAGGGAUGAGUUUGGAAAUGUAAAGUGGGCGGUAAUGUAGAAGAUAUGAGCAACCAACAACGAAUAGUAUACUUGGUGAUUAGAGUGGGGUGCAGUUGAUCGAGAUGGACCAUGGCAUAAGUUCAAUAAGGGGUACGCAUUGCAGCUUCUGCCACGCUUUUGGGAUUCGUACAUGGGAUUGAGUGUCUACAACAUAGGCAUCACGUGGCAAUAUUCCUAUGUGGUGCGGGGUUUUGACCAAUAGUGCCGAAGGUUAUUGAACCAAUAUCCAUAAUUCGCAAUUUUGCUGCCAAACAACGAACCUUCGCCCUCUGAUAGGGAUGCCUACAGGCCAUGGCCAUCUAGGUGACAAAAGUAUCUAGUUAGCCAUGCAAUAGAAUCAACAAUGGAUCAUGUGCGGGUAGCAAGAGGGCGGAUCCGACACUUAAUGGAGGUAAGCAGUGGUGAGGUUAAGUAUUUGUGCUUUGUGUUGUUGUGUAAAUAUGUGUCGUAGGUAGCAAGGGUCAACAAGGUUGGACAUGGAAGUGGUCCGGGGGGGAAGGGUGUGCUUUGCUUCAUGUGUUGGGGCCCUUUUGUUGACUUUAUAUAUAUAUAUGGUGUAAAUAUGUGAAAGACAUCGUUACCUCUAUCACUAUAAAUCUUUUAUUUUUGA